CUGAGGCUGGAGGAGGCGGUGCCACAGCGGUGUUUCCUAGUCGAAGCGCCCGCCGCCUGCUCACUCGCUGGCCGCCCGCCGCUUCAGCGCCGUCUCGCUGUCUCUCUCGGCUGGAGCCCGACGGGAUGGUGUUGCCCGACGAGAAGUGCGCCGCCGGCGGGGUGUACCGGGCGCCCCCGGACCUGGCUCGGGAGGCGCAUGUGCCUUCCUUGGAAAAGUACCGGGAGCUUUACAGCCGCUCGGUGGAGGAGCCGCAGGAAUUUUGGGGAGACAUUGCCAAAGAAUUUUACUGGAGGAGCCAACAUACUGGACCAUUUCUGCAGUACAACUUUGAUGUCACAAAAGGGAAAAUCUUUAUUGAAUGGAUGAAAGGGGCUACAACCAACAUUUGCUACAAUCUAUUGGACAGAAAUGUCUACGAGAAUAAACUUGGGGACAAAAUAGCUUUUUACUGGGAGGGAAAUGAACCAGGGGAGUCCAUGACGAUCACAUACAGUGAAUUGCUGAGUAAAGUCUGCCAGUUUGCCAAUGUUCUUCAGGAACAAGGCAUAAAGAAAGGAGACAGAGUUUCUAUCUACAUGCCAAUGAUCAUUGAGCUGGUGGUAGCCAUGCUAGCCUGUGCCAGAAUUGGAGCAGUUCAUUCCAUUGUGUUUGCAGGUUUCUCGGCAGAAUCCCUUUGUGAAAGGAUCCUUGAUUCCCACUGCUCACUUCUCAUCACUGCAGAUGCCUUUUAUAGAGGUGAUAAGCUGAUUAACCUGAAGCAGAUAGCAGAUGACGCCUUGCAGAAAUGUAAAGACAAGGAUGCCCCUCUGCGAAGGUGCAUUGUGGUCAAGCAUUUAGGAAGGGAAGAACUGGUGCUGGAUGGGCCAAGCAGCAAGUCUCCACCUCUCAAGAGAAUAUGCCAGAGUGUGCAGGAAAAAAAGACUGAGAGCUCAAAGAGAGUCCAUCCCAAGAUACCUUGGAAUUCAGACGUCGACCUUUGGUGGCACAACGUUAUGAAGAAUUCUAGCAAGGAGUGUGAGCCUGUCUGGUGUGAUGCGGAAGACGAACUGUUUAUUCUCUACACCAGUGGGUCAACUGGAAAACCGAAGGGUGUUGUACAUACAAUAGGUGGCUAUAUGAUUUUCACUGCCACUACCUUUAAAUAUGUGUUUGAUCACCAUCCUGAGGACAUCUACUGGUGCACGGCUGACAUUGGAUGGAUAACUGGCCAUUCCUACCUCACAUACGGACCUUUGGCAAAUGGGGCAACCAGUGUCUUAUUUGAAGGGCUUCCCAUUUACCCGGACGUUGGUCGUAUGUGGAGCAUCAUUGACAAGUACAAGGUGACCAAGUUCUACACAGCACCCACUGCCAUUCGCCUUCUCAUGAAGUAUGGAGAUGAACAUGUCCGGAAGUACAGCAGGAAGUCCCUGAAGAUCCUUGGGACAGUUGGGGAGCCCAUAAACCCAGAAGCUUGGCUAUGGUACUAUAGGGUGGUUGGCGAAGAAAGAUGCCCUAUAGUGGAUACCUUCUGGCAGACAGAGACUGGUGGCCAUGUGUUAACUCCUCUCCCUGCUGCCAUACCAAUGAAGCCAGGCUCAGCUACGCUUCCUUUCUUUGGCGUGGUCCCUGCGGUGCUGGACGAGUCUGGGGAGGAGCUGGAAGGAGAAGCAGAAGGUUACCUGGUUUUUAAGCAACCCUGGCCUGGAAUAAUGCGCACAGUGUACAAAAACCACCAGCGGUUUGAGACCACGUACUUCAAAAAGUUCCCUGGUUACUAUGUGACUGGAGAUGGCUGCAAAAGAGAUAAAGAUGGUUAUUAUUGGAUCACGGGUCGAAUUGAUGACAUGCUGAAUGUUUCUGGGCACUUGCUGAGUACAGCAGAAGUUGAAUCUGCUUUGGUGGAACACCUGGCGGUUUCGGAGGCAGCAGUAGUAAGCCACCCGCACCCAGUGAAGGGAGAGUGCCUCUACUGUUUUGUGACGCUGAAGGAUGGUCACGACUUCACAAAGAACUUAGUUGAUGAACUGAAGAAACAAGUUAGAGAAAAGAUUGGCCCCAUUGCAACACCAGAUUAUAUUCAGAAUGCACCUGGCCUGCCCAAAACCCGCUCAGGUAAAAUUAUGCGGCGGGUAUUAAGAAAAAUUGCCAAAAAUGACCAGGAGCUGGGAGAUACCUCUACUGUGGCAGAUCCAGCAGUUAUAAACCACCUUUUCAGCAACCGGUGUGAGACAAUACUGUAGCAAGGCAAUUCUAGAAGAAAACAACAGUAGUGCAGGGAUUUGGUGAGAAUAUGGCCCCAUUGAGACAAUGACAGUGUUUCUCUUGAGAUGAAGAAGCUGCCAAACGCUGAGCUGAAUGUAAAAUGCUGUAAAUGAAGAGAAGAAACUGGUGCUCCAAGAUCCAGUCCUUUUGUGUUGUAGAUCUAGUUGUCUGUGCCUCUGGAGAACUGUGUGCAUUAUGUUGUAGACCGGUAACUACAUAUCUGAAAUUCCAGCCUCAUUCACGUCGUACAGAAUGACUUAACAUUUUAAUUUUCAUGGAUUAGUUUCAUGAAUUGUUUAUUUUAUUUUUUUACCUCUUAACCUGCUGCAAAUGGGCAGAGCUUAGAAUGUGUAGGCAUUGGUGUGAAAAGAUGGCUUUGCCGAGUGGUAGUUAAAGGCUUUGAGAACCGACAAACUGAACAGUAAUCCUCAUGUUGAGGAAGAAUUAUUGGAACAAUUUUUUUUUAGAAAUCAAGCAUUCAUUAGGUUUCUUUCUUUCUUUAUAAAAUCCUGGAUCCUCUGGCUGCAUGCCAUGGGAAAAUCGAAGUUUAUAGAAAAACUGCAACUCUGAAACUGUAUAAAACUACUUUCCAUGCUAUUAAUGACAAUGACUUUCCCCCUCAAAAGGGAAUAAGGCUAUCUAUUUGUUUUGGAUUUUAAUAGUACAUUUGUGUAUGUGUGUGUGCAGAGCUGAAUUUUCCCAGUGCAUCAAAUUUUUUUGCGGGUGGAAGCAAAUUCAGGGAAUUGUAGUCAUGAAAAGUUGCAUUCAGUGCCUAGAUGUAUCCUAGAGGGAGGUUCAUAAAUUUUCUGUGGCUGUUGGUUGGUGCAAUUCCUGUACCAAUUGAAUAUGGGUAGGGAUUCACUUGGAUGGAUGAGAAGCAGGUGCUGUAGUGAUACCCAAAGUUUCAGUGACAUGGGGCAGUUCAGUUACUUGGUUUUCCAUGUGACCAGCUAUGACACACAAUCACAUGAAGAAAAUGGAUAUAGCCAGUGAUUCUCACCUAUGUUUCCUAUGGCUGGGGAAAGCGUAGCUGCAUUUGUGGAAAGUGUUUCCAGGUAAAUUUUUAUUUAGUCCAGUUUAUGCUUCCAUUUCUUGAUAUAAUAAUGGGCAUAUGUGUGACCAAAUACGAGUUGCUACUUUUGUGGAGGGACAAAUAAUCAUAACAACACUGUGACCAUUCUGCAGACAACUAUGCAGAGGUGUCUUUUCUCAUGGUUGGGUGAAUAUAUCCAUCGUUCACAAUACAGCAAAGUCACAGUUAAGGAUUUGCUUAUUCUAGGUUUUUCACCAUUCAGGUAGCAAAGAAAAAAAUAUCAAAUCAAGUUUAGGUAGAGAUCAUAUGUGGACACAUAACUGGGAUCCCCCCCCCCAAUAAUUUGAUCCCACAACUCAGACAAAUUCCCUAAUAAAUGUAGAUGAAAAAAAAGGCUGCUUGUCUCAAUAAAUUUUGUCAGGGUAUGUAAUUCUAGCACAUCCUUCAGUGCUGCUGAACUGGAAAAUGCCAUCCUCCAAUUUUUUAAAUUGAAAUCAAAGCUUUAACUGUGAUAGCCACAAUGGUGUAUCCCAAGAUGUCUUCUUUGCCCAUGUAAUUAAAGCAUGUCCCGAAAACCAUGUGCUUGAUGAAUAAUUUAACAUUUUUCUGACUUUGACUCAUGGUUAUACCUUUCUCAUUUCUUACCUGCUGUUAGUAUUCUAAAUGCACUUGUCUGUGGUCUGCAACAUUGGUGUAUAUUUAAUCUAAUGUCCUGCAGCAUUAAAGGUAAGCCAGUGGCUUGCUAUGUGCUGGUAACAUGAAAUAAGUCCUUUUAAUCUUGGUCUGACAUAAUUUUGGUUGGGAAAUGGCUAGAAUUGUUUUUAACUGAAAUAAAUCAAAGAAAUAAAAUCUAUAAAGCCGU